AUGAUUGAUACUUAUCAACUAACUGGAACAAUGCCCGGAUUUUUCUACUCGGACACCCAUGCAUGUCCCUGCACAUAUACACAGGACUUCAUCGCGAGUAAGCCACCAAAUCAAGAAACGCCGAGCUUGCUUGUUAACGCAAAGCCUUCGAGGUCAAGUGCCCAACGUUAUCCCAUUACUCUGACAUCACGCAAACCCCGUCAUUAUUCCCUCUACAGUAGGUGA